UUAAUCCCGAUAUCCACAGUGGACAGGAACCAGAGGGCGAUGCCACCGGAAAAAGCCUCAUUGCAGCUGAACAGGACCAGGAAGGAAGGCGGACUGAGAAGCGCAGUGAAGUUGAGCCAAGAUGGGGGGUUUUGCCAGCUUGUUUAAAGGCAUGUUUGGCAAGAAGGAAAUGAGGAUCCUGAUGGUAGGACUGGAUGCUGCUGGAAAGACCACCAUCCUGUACAAGCUCAAACUGGGAGAAGUUGUUACCACAAUCCCCACCAUCGGUUUUAAUGUCGAGACGGUGUCGUACAAGAACAUCAGUUUUACAGUGUGGGAUGUCGGCGGUCAGGACAAGAUCAGGCCGCUCUGGAGGCAUUACUUCCAGAACACAGACGGCAUCAUCUUUGUCGUGGACAGUAAUGACCGGGAGCGGAUCGGUGAGGCGAAGGAUGAGCUGAUGCGAAUGCUGGCGGAGGAGGAGCUGAAUGACGCGGCGCUGCUCGUGUUGGCCAACAAACAGGACCUUCCCAACGCCAUGAACGCAGCUGAGGUCACAGAAAAGCUGGGUCUGCAAACCCUGCGCUUGCGUUCCUGGUACAUCCAGGCCACGUGCGCCACGGGUGGAAACGGUCUCUACGAGGGUCUCGACUGGCUCUCCGCCCAGCUCAAGAAAUCCAAAUGAUCCGUCCCUCCGCCUCCCGCCUGUCACCUCUGUCUGCAGUGUGACGGUAGACUGCACUGAUCCUGGUCUCCUUCUCUCCUUUCCUCUCUUUCCUCUGAAGCCUUUGACCUUUUGGCCAGUGCUCCCAAGCAUCAGCGUCCUGUGGGAGUGUGUACUUUUGGAUGGGUGAACGUGAGAGGGAGCAGCCAUGUUGUGGUAACGUUCAUGCACCUUAUUCCUCCGGUGUUGGCACAUCCAGAACCGCUGGUCUCCACAAAGGAAGGAGUGACCCGGGAGGUUGAGUCCUGUUUCACUCAGGUUUUUACGUCUGCUCAUGACGUCCCAGAUCGGUACAGAUUCUUUGGAAAAUUAUGCUUUUUGGGGCAUUUAAGUUCCGACUGUUGCAGUGAACACUAGAUGCUUUAUACUCUAUAUUUUCCACCAUUCCGUAAAAAAAUGUCUCCAGCUUUUUUAAAUUAAAAUUAAUUCAGUCCCACCCCAAGUUAUCCCUCUUUUAUAACUGUAUACUUUUCUUUUUUUUUUUCAGGUGGCCUUGUGUUUUAUACAAAGAUCCACCAUGACUGGGUGUCAAAAAGCCAAUAAAAAGAGUGUAUGUUUACAUGUAUGGAGGUGCGUCCUCGCGGUGCUGUGCGGGUUUCAGCUGCAUCCAAAUGGAGUUUUUCUUUGCAUGUACUAGUCGUCUUAUUUUCUAGUGUCUGUACUUCUUUGAUUCUGUUUUCUGAUUUAUUAAAUUGUUUUUAUGUUACUGCUGACGCACACUGGUUUACUUUAGGGUAUGCAGUCUUUUGAGUGCAAUGCUCGUGAGGCCGCUGCCUGCCGUGUUUUCUAAACGUGCUCUCGAUCAAAAUUGUGCUUCGCUGAGAUCGACGGAGCAGUUCCCCCCCCCCCCCCCCCCCCCCCCCCGCCCGCCCCCCCGCCCCCGCAUGUGGCUAGGGCGCGUCCCCUGCACUUAUUUAUAUUAUGUAACCUUAAUUUGCACAACACGCGGUUAAUCCGUCAGCGUUUGCAACGACCCCGUGGACAAUAACCCCUCCCAAAGUUCGACUAAAACAUUUAUUAUAAAUGCCUUGACAGAUAAUCCUUUAAAAUUAUUUUAUAGUAAAGUUCACAUAAAAAAAGAAACGUGACAUUGGGGCUCAAUGCAUUUUGAAUUUAGGAAAAUACUUUUGUCACUGUGCAGAUACUUAAGAGUGAAAUUCUCUAUAUAUUUUUUAUUUUGUUAAGCUUGUUAAAUUUUGAGUUUAGGUUUAAUCAGCCAUCUUUUCUUUUCUUAAUGUUGUCGACAUUAUCGAAGAUGUAAGUUUCCUUUUCGGGUCUUGUUUUCCUGCUCAGUAAAACAACCCACAUCUGUCCUCAGGUGUUUCCAAUAAGAGUUCUGUCUUUGUUAUAUAUCGAUAAAUCCACCGUCACAUUGCGAUUGUUCAUGAGAACGUUUGUUUUGAAGUGAGACGAUAAUCUGGCAGCAUCUGUAGCUUUUUAAAAGUCGAGUAUUUACACGUCGUCAUCCUCUCACUCUUCAUUUCAUUCUUCCUUUGGUGAACUAACUGUGAUGAUUAGUUUCUCUGAGGGUAAUUUCAGCAGUAACAUCGUAGUCAUUCUGCUUCGACCGUGCAAAACCAAAGGGAAGAUGUUCUGUUUCCCACCAUCAUCUCUCCAGUAGUGCAGAGAUGUUACAUCCUCAUGUUCCUCAUGUUCUGUCCGCCACUAAGUAUGUCAAACGAGAUCCAAUUAAAGAUUCACAAAGAG